UUUGUUAUUCCUACGCCCAAUGUUUCUGGAAAGGUAAAAAUGUAUUAUUUUGGUGGUCACAAAAGGUGCUCCCACUUUUCCCUUUGGUCACAUGGGGUUGUGUCACAGGUGAAAGGCCCGAUACAUGGAUCAAUCUAGAACAGUGAGGUGAAGAGCGACUGCUAAAAUCCUGGUUUUUGUCAACUGUUGAAUGUUUAACUUUGCCCAUGAAGUAGUGAAGAAUCCCAACAAAAUCCAUGGUUGUAUAUCUCAACACUUUUUCUUGAAGAAUGAAUGAAAGGAAAAUGAAAAAUUUAAAUAAGCCACUAAAUGAAAACUUACAAAUACAUACACAAACAAAAAUUGGUUGCAGCCUUUGAGUUUGCUGAAAGCCACGCGGUGGCGCUGCAGGCUAAAGAGUUGAGGAAAAACUUGAUCUGAGGUUGCUACGGAAGUCACUGACAACAAAGGCAGAUGACGGCAGAUGGGCUGAGAAGAAAAGCUGCAGCAGCCCAGAGUAGGGGAAGAGGGAAAACAUCUUCGAUCCUUGCCACUACACGGCAUAGGUCUGGAGCUGGAGACUGCUGUUUCUGCUGGGUGCUGUGACUGUGACCAACAUCGACAAAAGAAGCAGUUAUGGAGGCCAGAGAGUUGCACUUCCGGAGACAAAGGCAAGUCCUAUUUCUCUUUCUGUUUUGGGGAGAAGCCUUGGCAGGUUCUGGGGUCCGGCGUUAUUCAGUGACAGAGGAAACAGAAAGAGGAUCGUUUGUGAUCAAUCUGGCAAAGGAUCUGGGACUACGGGAGGGGGAAAUGGCUGAAAGGAGAACCAGGGUGAUUUCAGAUGAUAACAAACAACACUUGCUCCUGGAUUCGCGUACUGGGGACUUGCUCACAAAUGAGAAGCUGGACAGGGAGGAACUGUGCGGCCCCACGGAGCCCUGUGUGCUGUAUUUCCAAAUCUUAAUGGAUGACCCCUUUAAGAUUUACCGGGCUGAACUGAGAGUCAAGGACAUAAACGAUCAUUCACCUGUGUUUCGAGACAAAGAAAUGGUCUUAAAAGUUCUAGAGAAUACAGUUGAAGGGACAGCGUUUCGACUAGAAAGAGGGCAGGAUUCAGACGGAGGACAUAAUGGCAUCCAAAACUAUACGAUAAACUCCAACUCUUUUUUCCAUAUUAAAAUUAGCGACGGUGAAGAAGGCAUGAUAUAUCCAGAGCUAGUGUUGGACAAAGCGCUGGACUGGGAGGAGCAGCAGGAGCUCAGUUUAACACUCACAGCUCUGGAUGGUGGGUCUCCACCCAGGUCUGGAACCACCUCCAUACGAAUUGUGGUCCUGGAUGUCAACGACAACCCCCCACGGUUUCCCUACGAGCUCUAUGAGACCCAAGUUCCAGAAGACAGCCCCAUAGGGUCACUGAUUAUUAAAGUAUCUGCAGGAGAUGCAGAUUCAGGAGUUAAUGGAGAGGUUUCCUAUUCAUUCUUUGAUGCUUCCGAAGAUAUUCGAACAACCUUUCAAAUCAAUCCUUUUUCUGGGGAAAUCAUUCUUGGAGCAUUGCUUGAUUAUGAGAUAGUCAAGUCUUACAGAAUAAAUGUGCAGGCAAUGGAUGGUGGAGGGCUUUCAGCAAGGUGCACGGUUUUGGUGGAGGUGUCAGACACCAAUGACAACGCCCCUGAGCUGAGCAUAUCGUCACUUUCCAACCACAUUGCUGAGAACUCUCCUGAGACAGUGCUGGCUGUUUUUAAAAUUAAAGACAGGGACUCCGGAGAAAACGGGAAGAUGGUAUGUUAUAUUCAGGAAAACCUGCCUUUCGUUCUGAAACCCACUGUAGACAACUUUUACAUUCUAAUGACAGAAGGACCGCUGGACAGAGAAAGUCGAGAUGAGUACAACAUCACCAUCACCGUGUCCGACCUGGGCACGCCCAGGCUGACGACCCGGCACCACGUCGCGGUGCAAGUGUCCGACGUGAACGACAACGCCCCGGUCUUCAGCCAGGCCGCCUACACCCUGCUGGUGCGCGAGAACAACAGCCCCGGGCUGCUCAUCGGCUCCGUGAGCGCCAGCGACAGGGACGCGGGCGCCAACGCGCAGCUCACCUACUCGCUGCUGCCGCCGCCGCCCCAGCCACAGCCGCAGCCGCAGCCGCCCCAGCCGCCGCAGCCCGACGUGGCGGCGCUCGUGUCGGUGCACGCGGACAGCGGGCAGCUGUACGCGCUGCGCGCGCUCGACUACGAGGCCCUGCGCGCCUUCGAGUUCGGCGUGCGCGCCGCCGACCGCGGCUCCCCGGCGCUGAGCAGCGAGGCGCGCGUGCGCGUGCAGCUGCUGGACGCCAACGACCACGCGCCGGCCGUGCUGUACCCGCCGGCCAACGGCUCGGCCGCCUGCCCCGAGCUGGUGCCGCGCGCGGCCGACGCGGGCUACCUGGUGAGCAAGGUGGUGGCGGUGGACGGCGACGCGGGCCAGAACGCCUGGCUGUCGUUCGAGCUGCUCAAGGCCACGGAGCCCGGGCUGUUCGGCGUGUGGGCGCACAGCGGCGAGGUGCGCACGGCGCGGCCGCUGAGCGAGCGCGACGCGGCCCGGCAGCGGCUGCUGGUGCUGGUGCGGGACCACGGCGAGCCGCCGCUGUCGGCCAGCGUCACGCUGCACGUGCUGCUGGUGGACGGCUUCUCGCAGCCCUACGUGGCGCUGCCCGACGCGGCGGCGGCGGCGGCCGAGCCGGCGCGGCCCGACUGGCUCACGGUGCAGCUGGUGGUGGCGCUGGCGGCGGUGUCGUCGCUCCUGGUGCUGAGUGUGCUGGCGCUGGUGGCGGCGCGGCUGUGCGGCGGGGGCGGGGUGGGUGGCGGGGCGGGGUGUGCGCUUGGCGUUGGCGGCGGCGGCGUUGGCGGCGGCGCGGGUGCGGAGGGCCGCUUCCCGGGGCCGCUGCUGGACGUGAGCGGCGGCGGGACGCUGUCGCACAGCUACCAGUACGAGGUGCGCCUGACGGGCGACGCUGGGACCGGGGAGUUCAAGUUUCUGCAGCCUAUCUUGCCUAAGGAACAGGGCCUUGGGAAGAAUAGUGAAGAACAUCCCACCUUUUAAAACAAUUUUGCAUGUAAUUUUAAGUGAAAUUUUCUUCGUUUUCUUGUUCUUUUGAAAUGUUAAGUACUAAUAUUUAAUUUUUUCGUCCCUUCAGUUAAAGUUUUAUGGAAUCCCACUAAUUUUAAGUAUUCACAAUGACUCUGGUCUACAUUUUACAGUGGUUUUUCAUAAUUUUGCAUUGUCUUGAUUUAUAAUACAUUUUAUAAAUUGUAGCUUUAAAGGCUGACCCCCUUCCGGCGUGCCAGGGUUUGUUUACUAUUAUUUCUCCUUCUAGAAAGCCGGGUUUUUUGCUUUUCUCCUAGUGUGGUUCAGAGCCUGCAUCUCCUGAUCCUAACUCCCUGUCUGUUGUACUGCAUUCAUGUAAGAAAAUAUAUCUGCACUUCCAACCUUAUUCUUUAUUCAUGUUUUUGAAGCAUGUCACAAGUUCUAAAUCAUAGCAUGUAAAAUGAAUGAAAUAUUACUCUAUUACUGUGCCCAUGGCAAAUGAAGCAGGCCAUUUAAAAAUUCUGUGUUGGACUUCAAUAAUCUUUGUAAAAUUGCUAUUAUUUUAUUUCCUUUAAACACAUUACUGUUUCUUGGCUCACAUUUUCUUGCUGGUGUAGGAAAUAUAUUAAGAUUUAUAAUGGAAAUACAGUGUAGUAACCUGCAUGACACUACACAUUUUUAAAACAAUUUGAAAAUUUGUGUGUGAGACUAUUUUGGCCUGUUGGAAAGAUAUUCACUUUACAGUUUGCUUUUAAAUGUAAUUGUUAAAUGUUAAAAUGAAGAUUAGCUAAAGCUUAUAAAGAAAAUGAAUAGUUUCAUCAG